AUGAGUCAAAUCAUCGCUUUUCUGGGUGCGACAGGUGGAUGUGCUGGUGCUUGUCUGGUCGCCGCACUCAAUGAUGGCUACACCUGCCGCGCACUUGUUCGCACACCUUCCAAACUCAUCGCAAUGCUAGACGCCCAGGAAGUUCCCAAGUCCUCGCUCGCCAACCUCGAGAUCAUCGAAGGCAAUGCCAAAGACAUCAACUUAGUCAAACAACUCCUCCAAACUUCGACUGGCAUUGUAGACACCAUUGUUUUCGGUGUCGGUGCAGCACCGAAGCUGAGACUACACAUCAUGCCAGUGACACUAGACGAUCCAAAUCUGUGCCGAACAGCAAUGGCGACCCUUCUUUCUGCACUGUAUGAACUCAAAGCUCCGACCAAACCAAGACUACUCGUCAUCUCCACUACAGGCAUCACUCGUGGUCCUAGAGAUGUACCUUUCCUCUAUAUUCCUCUGUAUCAUUGGCUGCUUCACGUCCCACAUAUCGACAAGCGCGUCAUGGAACAACUCGUCAUUGAGCAAAAAGACAAGCCUGUUGCUGAAAGAGUGAUCGAAGAGUUCGCUAUCGUGCGGCCGACAUUGUUAAUGGAUGGAAAUGGUGUGGGUGUUGCUAAGGUCAGAUAUGGUCUGGAGAGCAGCCCUGCUUUGGGUUGGACGAUCGAUCGCAAAGAUGUCGGCAACUGGCUGUUUGAGAAGGGCAUCAAGCCUGUAGAGUUGGGAGUAUUCAAGGAUCAAGCCAUCAGUUUGACUUCCUGA